AUGGAAGAAAGAGGAAACAAAGUAGUGCAAAUCGAACAACCCAGAGUUUCCGACGAUGAAGACGAAAUCGUAUGCUUAGACGCAUCGUUCUUCAUGAAUGACAAUUAUCAGCUGACGGAAUUCACAUUUGGCUCUCAACAUAUUCAGCUCUUCUGUCUGCAUUCUGCUUCCACUGAUUUUGAUUUGACAGGGCAGCUGGUAUGGCCUGGAGCCAUGUUGCUGAAUGAUUAUCUAUCCAAAAAUCUCGACAUCUUUCGGGGUUGCAAUGUCAUUGAAUUAGGUUCUGGUGUUGGUAUUACUGGAAUACUUUGCCGCAAAUUCUGCAAUAAAGUUGUGUUGACAGACCAUAACGAAGAGGUGCUUAAGAUCAUAAAUAAAAAUAUAGAGUUGCAUUCAUGUCCUCAAGAUAUUAGUCCUACUUCUCAUGGAUUAGUAGCAGAGAAACUAGAAUGGGGGAACACUGAUCAGGUCCAUGAAAUUUUACAAAAACAUCCUGGAGGUUUCGACUUCGUUCUUGGAGCUGAUAUCUAUAUCCUUAUUAUCUUUCAGCAGGCAAACAUCCCUUUGCUGUUUGACAGUGUUAGACAGCUCCUGCAAGUUAAAGAAGGCGGGAAAUGCAAGUUCAUACUAGCCUAUGUAUCACGAGCAAAGAUGAUGGAUUCAAUGAUUAUUUCUGAAGCUUCUAAGUUUGGGAUGCAGAUGAAGGAAGUACCUGGAACAAAGUGUAUUGUUGGGAAUCUUGAAGGUGUCAUCUAUGAGAUUACUCUCAAAUAG